GUCGCAUCAGCGCGGCACCGGUCACACUGUCAGUCCGACUACACUGAGCGACCAGGUGUAUUAACCGUGCAUUGGAAAACAGAAGAUGGAUUAUAUCUGUGGUGCUUUCUCAGUGUCGUAAAAAACCCCUUUCCGUUCCGUUUAUGAAGGUCGACUAAAGCGGACGAUCGAGCCUAGAAGACGAAUCCGACUGGUGCGCUCUGCCUCCGACCAUCGGGGAGAUGGGGGUGGCAGAAGAGUUCGCGCCGAGCUUCACGCAGAAGCCGCAGCUGAGACAGGAGGAUGACGGGAACCGGCUCGUGUUCGAGUGCAAGCUCCUGGCCAGCCCCAAACCAGACAUCACCUGGUUCAGGGGCGAGACCCAGCUCAAGGAGGACCAUAGGACGGUGAUGAAGACGCAGACCAUCGCCACCAACAAAUUCGUGGUCGUCCUCGAGCUGGAAGACGUUGUCGAGACAGACGCAGGUCUCUACAAGGUCAAGGCCAAGAACAAAAUGGGCGAGGUUGCCGCAUCCAUCAAUCUCAACUUUAGUCCCGCCGACGAGCCCUCAGAAAAACAAAUAGAUGGACUCGCACCUACAUUUUCGAAGAAACCCGCAAUUAGGCAAGAAGAUGAUGGCAAACGAUUAUUAUUUGAAUGUCGAAUACAAGCCGACCCCCAGCCGUCUGUCUUGUGGUCACAUAGUGGAACUCCAGUUAAAGAAUCAAAUAGACACAAAUUAACAAUAGAAAAAGAUGGCCAUUCGUAUUUUGCAACUCUAGAAAUAAAAAAUGUUACGGUAGAAGACGCGGGGAAGUACAAAGUGACCGCCAAAAAUGAAUUAGGAGAAAGUAAUGCUACAAUUAGUUUAAAUUUUGACAGUGAUGAAGUUCCUGUACCUGAAGAUGGAGUCAAACCUACCUUCACGGAAAGACCAAUCACGAAACAGUCAGACAAUGGAACUGACAUAGUUAUUGAAUGUAGACUAAUAGGAGAUCCGAAACCUUCCAUAUCAUGGUUUCAUAAAGGGAAAUUAGUUCAAGAUGAUAGUAGACAUAAAACCUCAAUAGAAAUAGAUCAAAAAUUAUAUCACAUAGCUAGGUUAGAAAUUCUUAAUGUUCAAAUUAUCGACGGUGGAGAAUACAAAGCCGUCGCCAAAAACAAACAUGGCGAAGGAACAGCAACAAUCAAUCUCAACUUUGCCAACGACGAAUCAGGGAAACCAAAAAUUCCAGACGGAAAACCCCCUCGGUUUCCGAAAAAACCAACAAUUCAUCAAGAGGGGGACGUUUUAGUGAUGCAAUGCAUUUUGGAAGCAAACCCAGUGCCAGAGAUUACCUGGUUUCAAGGAAGCAAAGUCAUUUUGGACACGGGUAGAAUUAAAAUGUCCAAAAAGGCCACUGGCAAAGACACAUAUCUUUUAAAAUUAGAAAUUUCCAACCCUACACAAGCGGAUGGCGGGAACUACCGCUGCAAUGCAUGCAACGUUUGUGGAGAGAGUAAUGCCAACAUUGCUCUCAACUUCCAAGGUGGUGAAAAUGGAGCCGGAUUUGCUCCCUCUUUCAUCGAGAAACCCAAAAUCAUUCCAAAUGAGAGUGGAACUCUGAUUGUCAUGAAAUGCAAGUGCACUGCCAAGCCAACGCCCACAUUCACAUGGUACAAAGGCACGAAACAAAUCAAAGAAUCUUCUAAGAUCAAGAUGAAGAUGACCAGCCAGGAAGAUACGUACGAAAUUGUUAUGGAAAUCUCAGAUCCCGUAGGACCGGACAGUGGCACGUACCGCUGCCAUGUACAAAACGAGUACGGUGAGAGUAACGCUAACCUAAAUCUUAACAUCGAAGCAGAGGCGGAGCCAGAAGGCGACCCACCAACCUUUGUAGAAAAACCAAGGAUACGUUCAGAAAAUAAGGGUAAACUAGUCAUCAUGGACUGUACGGUGAGGGCGAAACCGAAACCCGACAUUGUUUGGUACCACGAGCGAACGGUUUUGAAGCAGACAACCAAGAUAUCAUGGAGGGUCGAGGAAAAAUCUAGCGAAACUUAUUAUAUUCGACUGGAACUUAAGGACCCUGGAACAGAAGACUCUGGCCUCUACAAGUGCAAUAUAAAAAACGUGUGUGGCGAACUAAACGCUAAUUUAACCUUAAACAUUGAAAUAAUUCCUGUGAUAAAAGAAAAACCCAAAGUACGCAAAGUGGUCGAAACAAGAACUGUAGUGAUUGAAUGCAAAGUACAAUCUGUGUUCGAGCCCAUUGUUGUUUGGACCAAGGAAAAGAAGGUCAUCAAAGAAGAUCACAAGCGAAAAACAGUCAUCGAAAGGACAAGAGAUGGUGAAUAUUCCAUCAAAUUGGAGGUGGCUCCUGCUGAUCAGACAGACAAAGGUAUUUAUCAACUAACAGUCAAAAAUGAAAAGGGCGAAGUAACAUCGGAAACUGUGGAAGUGACGGAAAUCGCAGAAGAAAAGCAGGAGAAAAAAGAGCCACAGAAACCAGAGGAAAAACCGCAAAUUCUCCAAAAACUUCGCUCAAUAGUCAUAACAGAGAACAAGCCGGCAGAAUUUGAAUGCAGCUUGGUUAAAGUUGACAAGGAAGUAACUGUCACUUGGUACAAAAAUGCCAAAGAACUGAAGGCAACCAAAGAAUACAUCCAAACCUUUAACGGAAAGACUGCACGGCUGAAAAUUUUCUCGGCCACUCCUGACACUGCUGGAAUGUACAAAGUCAUUUUCAAAAAUUCUGCUGGAAGUGACGAAUCAUCAGCGGAACUCAAAACAGAAAAACGCACAUGGACCGAUGAUGAGGAAGAAGAAGAAGAAGAAGUUUCAGAGCAAAAGUCAGUCGAGGAGAAACAAGAAAGAAAACAAAGUGUCUCCACUAAGAAGGAAGAAACCGAAGAGUCCGAAAAACGAUCAGUGAGAAGAAAGUCAUCCGUCAAACAGAUAGAGGAAAUCGUUGAAACUCAGGAGAGGCUGACAACUAGACGCAGGUCCUCAGUCAAACAGUUUGAAACACAAUUUGAGGAAAAUGAAGACAGUAAGUCAGGAACACAAUCUCGCAGAACAUCGACAACAAGAAAUGAAACAACUUACGAAGAGGAAGUAACCCAUCCGGAGAGGAGGCGAAGAUCCAGUGUUAAACUCAUUGAAAUGUUGAAAAGGAAAGAAAGUGCAGGUUGUUUAAAGUAUGAUGAAGAGGAGUCCGAUUCAGAAUAUUCGUCCCAACCUAAGACCGUGGUUAGGAAAAUGAUAACGACAACGGAGGAUAGCCAUCACCCAUCCACAAAAACACGUAAAACCUCCAAACAUACCGAGCGUGAAUCUCACGAAUAUAAUAGAAAAAACACUCACUCACUUUACACAGAAACGUCAAGCGAUGAGGAAACAUCUAUCUCUCGGCGGUCUGUUACGAAUGGUAGUAACACAAUAACGCACAAGAUUCGGCAAGCAGACGAUGAGAAGUCGUACACUAGGAAGUCCUCAGUCAGCAGCCAAGCGACGAUCAUUGAUCAGGAUUUAUCCUCUGAUGACCAAUCAUCCAUUCGUGAAGUUACAAAGAAAACACGAUCUUCGUUGGCCGAUGUCCAAGAGGACUCAGUUUUGCGAUUGCGGAAUAGGAGAGACAACUCCAGUGAUGAAAAUUCAAUUUAUGAAACAGAAAAAACAACAAAAACUAAAACUAAAAAACUAUCUUCAGUUUCGGAUAAUCAGGAUGAUUCGGAAAGGACGACUAAAACAAAGAAACGUUCAUCCAUCUACGAUGAUGAGGAUGACUCGGAGUACUCUCGUAAUGUUCGAAGAACAUCAAAGGUCACAGAAUUUCAGGAAUCUAGCGAUGAAGAUUCAUCAAAGAAACAGUCCAAAUUGCUGAAAAAGAAACGUACGUCUUUAACAGAUGUUCAAGAAAACACAAAGCAAGAGCGUGAAACAUCGUUUUCAAAGGACGUAAAAGGAAAAGUCGAUGAAGACUCGUCAGUGAAGAAAGUCAAAAAGAUUUCCACCAGUACAUCAGUUGAUGACAAGACUGUUCGUCGAUCUGAUAGUAUCACUGGAGAAGUCGACCAGGAAGAAAGUCUUGAGAAUAAGACUUUGUCCUUGAGGCGAAAUUCCAGAAGAAUUUCCAAAGAUGAAGACGUGAAUGAUCUAAAAAAAGUUGUUGAUGUCUCUGAUGAUAAAAAACCGUCUCCAGAAAAGCCGAAAGAAAAGAAAGUCUUUGGCAAACCGGAUGUCACAGCUCAUUUAUAUAAUGAUGUCGAACAAGCUAGAGCAAAUUUAAAACCUUUCCGGAAGUCCAUCAAGCGGGAAGUUAAAGAGGUGGAAGCUCCAGAGGUCACAAUGCCCAAACUGGAGAAGUUAAAACUUCCAAAACGGGGAAGUCUUCGACCUGGUGAAGAUACGGAACGAAGUCCGGUGGUUUCAGAUGAGGAGAAUUCAGUAUCAGAGAUUUCAAGAAAACCGUCGCCAAAAACGGUGUCAAAGAAGCCAAGCUCUGACAGAAAGUCUUCGCUCAAACCAGACGACGAAGCGCCGGAAGAAAUAAAACCAAAAAUUAUCCGCAAAAAAUCGGUAAGAACCAGUGAAACUGACGGAUCUAUCCCUGAAGAGCCGAAGAAAAAACUAGACGAUGAAGCGCCAGAAGAAAUAAAACCAAAAAUUAUCCGCAAGAAAUCGGUAAAAACCAGUGAAACUGAAGGGUCUACCCCUGAAGAGCCGAAGAAAAAACCAGACGAUGAAGCGCCAGAAGAAAUAAAACCAAAAAUUAUCCGCAAAAAAUCGGUAAGAACCAGUGAAACUGAUGGAUCUACCCCUGAAGAGCCAAAGAAAAAACCAAACGAUGAAGCGCCAGAAGAAAUAAAACCCAAAAUAAUCCGCAAGAAAUCGGUAAAAACCAGUGAAACUGAUGGGUCUAAUCCUGAUGAGCCAAAGAAAAUAGUUAAAAAGAAGUCUGUAUCCAAAUCUGAAGAUGGCGAUGCGCCAAAACCAGUGAAGAAGUCAUCGCGGUUACCGAGUGAGGAGGUAGAUGAUAUUACACAAAAGACAUCAAGAAAAUCAUCCAUAAAUGAUGAUAAACCAGUUGCAGCCAAAAGACCGUCUGUCUCUGAAAAUGGUUUAUCAACUGUUGAUGAUGUGCCUGAAACUCCCAAGAAAGUAAUUAUCAGGAAAGGGAAAUCGUCUGUUAGAUCUGCUGAUUCAGACCUUACCAGUGACGAGGAUGCACCAAAAUCUGAUCGUAAAACUUCUAUCGACAUAGAAGAAACCAGUGCUCUUCGGAGAAAACCGUCUAUAAAUAACCCUGAGCCAGACUCUGCAUUUGUUGAUGAGGACAAACCGAAAGUCUCUCGAAAACCUUCGCUGAAGAAGGAGAAAACGGUUUCUCCUCUCAGAAAAUCAAGUAAAACAACUGAGCCCGAUGCUCUCAUUGCAGAUGAAGGUAAACCUAUUUUACCGAAGAGAAAAUCAUCUGUGAAAACAGAUGAAACCAAUGGUUUCAUUAUUAGUGAAGACAACCCAGUUUCUCCGAGAAAGAAGUCAUCUAUAAGCAUAGUAGAUGAAGAUUCUCCUAUUUCAGAUGAAGAUGAACCAAUUUCUCCGAAGAGAAAAUCGUCUGUGAAAACUGCUGAGGAGAAUACUCCUGCUGCAGAUGCUGAUAAACCAGUUUCUCCGAGAAAAAAAUCAUCCACAAAGCCAGUCGCUUCGACAACAGAUGAAGACAGACAGGUUUCACGAAAACCAUCCAUAAAAGAAGAAGAGGCAUUAGGACCCAAGAGGAAACCGUCGCUGAAAACAAUUGAACCAGACAACUUGUCUGCAAACGAUGACUCGCCAAAGGCAAGAAGAUCCUCCAUCAAGGAAGACAGUCCAAAGAGAAAGCCGUCUGUCAAGAAACCAUCGGAAGGAGAUUCAGAUGUUCCCACCUCUAGAAAACCAUCCACCAAUGAGUCAGAGACACCAAACUCCUUGAGGAAACCCUCAAAUGCACCGGAAGAUGAGCCUGUCACUCCAAAGAAGCCUGCCAGUAAAACAGAUACAACUGAUGGUAAGGAGUCACCUAGUAGACGAUUAUCUACCAAGAAGGACGAAGAAUCUAUCAAGAGGAAACCAUCUCCGAAAAUAAUUGAACCUGAAAAAGAGUCGGUCCCCGAGUUCCUUCAGAAAAAGUUAAAGAAACAGGAAGAAGAUGUGCACCCGUUCCUAAAGAACAAAUCGCCGGAGCCUGAAGAAAGAGCUCCAGAUUCUGGAUCAGAUAGGUCCAGAUCCACUAGUCCGUACCCAUGGCGCAAAACGUCUCUCAAACCAGAGAAUCUAAGCUCGGAAGAUGUCUCUCCUGCUACUUCUCGCAAAUCGUCUUUGGCCGUCGAGGAGCCUGAAUUAUACGUGAGGAAGCGAUCCCUAGCCUCAGGACAGGAGGACUGGCGAACUCAGGACAUUCGGUUGAAACCCGUCAGGAGAACCUCGGUGAAAGAUGAGCAGAAAUCACCCAGAACCAGUGUCCAAUUAGAGGAGUCCCCAUUGAAUGUUAAGCUUAAACCGGUGCGCAAAGAGUCUUUGACCGUCGAAACCAAAGAGACCAAGGACAGGAAACCAUCGCUGACGAUAGAUGAAAAUGAACCGCUUGACACUAAUACACUCAAAACCAGAAAAACAUCGAAACGCGUACACAAUGACACACAAGACUUAAAUGGUGCCCCUGUAGUUAAUGGCCAGGAUGAAGAAAAGGUCAAGGAACCAGAAGUUAACAACAUAGCGGAGAAAACUACAGAUAAGCUGAAAACAGACACCAAACCCAAAGAACCUGAAAAGAAGGCCAAGAAACCCGAAAGUGAAAAACCUCAGGAGCCUGAGAAGAAACCAAGCCUUAAAAAAGUGGAGGCUAAAGAACCUGAAAAACCUAAAGAGGCCGAGAAAAAACCCGUUGACGGUAUCAAGAAACCGGAGCUUGAGAAGCCCAAAGAACCAGAAAAGAGACCAAGCCUGAAAAAGGUUGAGCCCAAAGAACCGGAAAAGAUACCCACCUUGAAAGAUCUCAAAAAAACUGAGCCCAAAGAAACAGAAAAGAAGGUUGAGACUAAAGAGCCUGAAAAGAAACCAAGUCUCAAGAAAGUCGAACCUAAAGAACCUGAAAAGAAACCUGUGGACAGUCUGAAGAAACCCGAAACCAAACCCCAAGAGGAAGCUAAAAAACCCUUAGAAAACCUUAAACCUAGCGAACCCAAGCAGCCGGAAAAGAAACCAACCCUAGAGAAACCUGAGGAGAAACCGAAAUCAACUCUCGGUCUGAAAAAACCAUCAGUCAAGGAACCUGUAAAGAAACCAGAAGCCCCUGAAACUAAAGUUGAUUCCGCUGAGGUUGACGAUGAGGAUACAGCUAGUAGUAGAUCAGACGGGAGCUCCGAAGAGGAAGAAGAUACUUUCGAUGAGUCAGACAAUACGUUUAGCUGGAAGACUGGAAAACUCCCAGAAAUCAAAGCUCCGGACGCACCUAAAAUCGAGGUCAUCAGGGAAAGAACUCCAGUUGACAGUCGUAAAGGUUCUCUGGCGCCAGGUUCUGGUCAGUCAAGUCGUAGAGGAUCACUCAUUCCGCCCGCAGAUGAUGCAAAGGGUCGCCGCCCAAGUUUGAUUAUCAGUGACGAGGGACGAGGCAAAUUUAAUUUGAAAGGAUUGGUAUUUAGGCACAAUAUAAAACCGCGACGAAGACCCAGCACAGACAUGAGGAGGCCAAGUAUCGCCGAGCUGGAGGAGAAGAUCGACAAACCGUCCACGCCCUUGAAGGAUAUUGGACCUCCAGGGCCACCUGCAAUCGUAGAUGUCCAAGAAAGCUACUCAGCCGUUGAAGAUCAAACUGGCUACAUUACGGUGCAGGUUGAAGGAAAUCCAGCCCCCACCUUUAAAUUCUAUAAGGGUAUGACGGAGAUCAUUGAAGGUGGUCGGUUCAAGUUCCUAACAGAUGGCGAAACCAAUUCAAUUACAUUGUGUAUGCGCAAGGUAAAGCCCAACGAUGAAGGCAAGUACAAAAUCGUUGUCAGCAACAUCCACGGCGAAGACUCAGCUGAAAUGCAACUCUACGUCUCAGAUUCAAGUGGUAUGGACUUCCGUGCCAUGUUGAAGAAGAGGAAAUAUGCCAAAUGGGGCAAAGAAAAGGAGGAUCCAGACUGGGGUGAUCUUAAAGAAACUGAAAAACCAGUUCCUGCCCUCAAAAAAGUGGAAAAAAAACAAGAUUCUUUCUUGAAGCCCCUGGUCGACCAAUAUGCAAAGGAAGGCAAAGAUAAGAAAGUUGUCUUUGAGGCUGUCUUUUCUAAGCCGAACAGCAAACCAAAAUGGUUCUUUAGAAAAGAUGAAUUAUUCGUCGGCCAGAAAUACAAGUUCAAAAAUGAAAAUGAUUCUUACACUCUUAUCAUUAACAAUCCUAAAGUGGAGGAUACUGGCAAAUACACGAUAGAAAUUGGUGGUAUCUCCUCAACCGCUUUCUUGAACGUUGAAGAGCCAGCACCAACAUACACUUUCAUCAAACCGCUGCCGAAGAAGUCCGAUGGAUUCACAAACCACGAAAUCAUACUGGAAUGUACCGUCAGCAACAGCAUGGCCAUUGUUGGAUGGUACAAGGGCAGCACUAAACUUUCGGAUGGAGACCAGUACAGUACAUCAAAAGACAUGACUGGUGUCUGCCGGCUGACAAUUAAAUGUGGAACACUGGAGGACAGUGGAGAAUAUACCUGUAAGAUCGAAAAACAAACUGAUAAAACAACCACAACUCUGAAAGUCGUUGAAUAUCCAUACAAGUUUGUGAAAGUCUUGAAGCAUCAACAAUUAACGGAAAAAGAUACAAUCACCUUGCAUUGUGAGCUUGACGACGCCGCUGGUGAAGUUACAUGGACCAAGAAUGGAGAGGAGAUCAAACCAGACAAAAGGGUCCAAAUCAUCAAAGAGGGUAGGAAACGUAAAGUCAUCAUCAAGGAUGCCAAAGUCACCGAUGCUGGUGUUUACACUUGCACCAGUAAUGCUGAUAAGACUGAAGCAGAAAUUAUCAUUCAGUACCAAAACCGAUUCAAUAAGAAACUUAAGGAUUCAGUGGCUGUCGAGCGGCAGAAACUUGUUCUUGAUGUUGAAUUGCAAGAUCAAACUGCUCCUGCAGAAUGGUUCUUCAAUGGAGAACCUAUAGAAUCCUCUGACCUAAUUGAGAUCAAGAAUCUGGGUGGAGGCAAACAUCAGCUUAUUUUCAACAAAAUUGGUCUUGAAAAUGCAGGAGAAAUAUCUUGCAAGUCUGGAGAACUGACAUCGUCGUGCAAGAUUGAAGUGAAGAAAGGUGAAGAAAAGCCUGUCAUCAACUUCGGUGAUUCUGUUGAAGCACCCUGCACUGCGCCUAUUAGAUUUGAAGUUCCUUAUACAGUGGAAGGAACCAGGACGUCGCAGGUAGAGGCAAAGUUGGUGAAGGAUGGAAAGGUUUUGCCAUUGAAAGAAGUCGACGUUGUUGUGGGCGAGGAUAAAGUUACAUUUACAGUUAAGAAACCGUCACACGAUCAGUCUGGACGGUACCAGCUCAGGAUCUCCAACGAACAGGGUGAUGCCAUCCAGGAUGUCACCAUCAAUAUGCAAGACGUACCAUCACCACCUCAAGACAUUGACGUGUACGAUGUUAUGCAAACCUCAUGCAAAGUUAAAUGGAAGGCACCCGCUGACGAUGGAGGCGCGCCAAUCAUUAAUUAUGUUGUUGAGCGCCUGGAUCUCAGUGUUAAAGGCUCAUGGUACAACUGUGGAGAAGUCACGCCGGACAUCACAGAGUUCGCCAUCAACGAUCUCACUGGUAAAAAGGUCUACAAGUUCCGCAUCAGGGCUGUCAACAAGAUUGGGUCAUCAGAGCCUGGAGUCUUUGCUAAGGACGUCUUUGCCAAGGAUCCUUGGGAUGAACCCUCGAAGCCUAGAGAUGUGGAAUGUGUGGACUGGGAUGUCGAUCACGCUGAUCUCAAAUGGACCAAACCAGAAUCUGACGGAGGCGCUCCGAUCACUGGCUAUAUCAUAGAAUACAAAGAAAAGUUCGGAAAAGAAUGGAUAAAAGGCAAAGAACUAGAGGGCGAUAUAACCUCAGGCACAAUCGAUAAUCUCAAGGAAGGAACCCAGUACGAGUUCAGAGUCCGCGCUGUCAACAAGGCAGGCAAGGGUGAACCCAGUGAGCCUACCAACCCGAUCGUUGCAAAAUCAAGAUUCGUCAAACCUUGGAUCAUCGGAGACGAUCUGCAAAAUAUUGUUGUCAAGAAGGGACAGACCAUCAAGUACGACAUCAAAUAUGGUGGGGAACCUGAACCAGAAGUCAAAUGGUUCAACGGCGAUACUGAAAUCGUUGCGGAUGAUGAUAGGAUCACUAUCGACAAAUAUGAGAAGAACACUGUUCUAACUGUGCGAAGAUCUGUGCGGUCUGACAGUGGAAUGUACAAGCUUGUACUGACCAAUAGCUCUGGAACUACGGACAAGAAAGCUGAAGUUAUUGUUCUCGACAAACCAAGUAGCCCAAUGGGACCAUUGAAGGCCGACGAAGUAAGAGCCAACCGGUUGAAGGUUGUCUGGAAAAAGCCCAAGGACAACGGAGGCUCCGAGAUCACAGGCUACGUUGUGGAAAAAAUGGAUGUGGACAGUGGACGAUGGGUCACUGCCGGAGAGACUGGUCCAGAUAAGACAGAAUUUACCCUUGAAAACUUACAACCCAAGAAGAAAUACAAAGUACGUGUCAAGGCGGUCAACAAAGAAGGCGAAUCCGAACCUUUGGAAACCGAAGAAGCCAUUUUGGCCAAGAACCCAUAUGAUGAACCCGGCAAACCACCCCGACCAGAGAUUAUCGACUAUGACAAUCAAAGUGUAACUCUUAAGUGGGAGCCUCCUUCAACCGACGGAGGUCGGCCGAUCACACAUUACAUCGUUGAGAUGAAAGACAAGUUCUCCAUGGACUGGAUUCAGUGUCACACGACAGAGUCACCAACACCUGAGGCUAAAGUUGGAGGUCUCAAGGAGAAAAUGGUCUACCAAUUCCGGGUCAAGGCUGUAAACAAAGCUGGACCCGGAGAGGCCAGUGAACCGACUGAUAAUCAUCUUUGCAAACACAAGAACCUGAAACCAAGGAUCGACCGCGCAGGUAUGAAGAGUGUCACCAUCAAAGCUGGCCGCACAGUGAAGUGGACCGUUGAUGUCAUUGGUGAACCUCCACCAGAGAUGAACUGGACGUUCCGUGACAACAUCAAGCUAGUCAAUACGGAGAGACUCAAAUUUGAGAAUGCCGAAUAUCAAACCAACUUCUCUCUUAUCAGUGCCACGAGGAGAGACUCUGGUAUCUACAAGUUGACAGCUGAGAAUGCCUCCGGCAAAGACGAGGCAACGCUCGAAUUGACAGUUCUUGCUAAGCCAUCUUCACCUCAAGGCCCAUUGGAAGUCAGCGAUGUGACCAAGACAGGCUGCAAGUUGAAGUGGAAGAAGCCAGAAGACGAUGGAGGUCUCCCAAUCAAAGAGUACGAAAUCGAAAAGAUGGACACAGCAACCGGUCGCUGGGUGAGAGUGGGAAAAGUUCCCGGAGGAGACAAGCCUGAACUAGAAAUGAACGUAACCGGCCUGGAGCCUAACUCAGAGUACAAAUUCCGCGUGACUGCUGUCAAUGACGAAGGAGACUCUGAACCGCUGGUCACUGAGAAGCCCAUUGUUGCCAAAAAUCCUUAUGAUGAGCCAUCAAAACCAGGUCUACCCGAAAUCACUGACUAUGAUAAUGAAAGUGUGACACUGAAAUGGACUCCUCCAGAUAAUGAUGGUGGCGCACCCAUCGAGAAAUACAUCAUUGAAAAGAAAGACAGGUUUAAGCCAGACUGGGAGCCAGCUGCAGAAUUCUCGGGUGACAAACUGGAAGGAAAGGUACCUGGCCUAACAGAGGGGCAAGAACUCCAAUUCCGUGUUGUCGCUGUUAAUAAAGCUGGUCCUUCUGCGCCAUCCGAUGCUACCAAAUCACAUAAAGUCAAACAUAAGAACCUGAAACCGAGAAUUGACAGAACCAACCUCAAAAAUAUCGUUGUCCGCGCUGGGAAAUCUGUCAAAUUUGACGUCAACAUCAGAGGAGAGCCUCCUCCAUCUGUCACUUGGGUCUUGGCCGACAAAAUUACUGAUCAAGUUAUUAGAAAAGUCGAGUCUGAAGGUAAUAUUGAAAUCGUCAAUGUCGAUUACAACACCAAAUUUAGCAUCACAGACGCUAAGAGGAAGAACACUGGUCUUUACAGAAUCAUCGCUGAAAAUGCAUCAGGAAAAGAUGAAGCUGAUGUUGAAGUCACUGUUUUAAGUGCACCGACAAAGCCACAAGGUCCGCUUAAAGUCUCCGACAUAACCGCCAACUCGGCUAAACUUAAGUGGGCCAAGCCAGAGGAUGACGGUGGCAAGCCAAUCACUGCAUAUGUCGUUGAAAAACUUGACCAUGCUACUGGCCGCUGGGUCCCUGUUGGGCGCUCUGCUGAGCCUGAAAUGGAAGUUAAAGGUCUGCAGGAAGGCCAUGAAUAUAACUUCCGUGUCAAAGCAGUCAAUGAGGAAGGAGAGUCGGAACCAUUGGAAACGGAGCAUUCUAUCGUCGCCAAGAAUCCGUAUGAUCUUGCCAGUAAACCAGGAAAGCCAGAUAUCCAAGAUUACGAUGUUGACAGAGUUGAUCUCGUUUGGGAAGCACCAGAAAGCAAUGGAGGAGCACCUAUAACUGGUUAUAUAAUUGAAAAGAAGGAGAAGUUCUCUGCUGGUUGGGAAGAGAUUUUAACCACAAAUACUCCAGAAACAGCAGCUACUGUGAAAGGUUUGAAAGAGGGCAAUACUUAUCAAUUCCGAGUCAGAGCCGUGAACAAGGCUGGUGCCUCAGACCCCAGCGAUGCAACUAAACCACACGUCGCCAAGGCCAAAAAUCGCAAACCCUGGAUCAACCGUGAGAAGCUUCAAAAGGUUACUGUUCGUGCCGGACAGACAGUCAAAUUUGACGUUGACAUCAAGGGUGAACCUCCUCCAGUUGUUCGCUGGAUCUUCCGGAACGAAGUGCUGGAACCAUCUGGAACUUGCAAGAUCGAAAAUGAAGACUACAACACUAAAAUUGCAUUGAGUGAUACCUCAAGGAAAAAUUCUGGGCUCUAUACUAUCAGAGCAGAAAACAUCAACGGUGUAGAUGAAGCCACCGUAGAAGUCAACAUACUGGAUCGACCAGGACCACCUCAAGGGCCUUUGGAAGUUACCAACGUGCACAAAGAAGGAUGCAAGUUGAACUGGGAAAAGCCGUUAGACGAUGGUGGUCUCCCGUUGACUGGAUACAUCGUUGAGAAACAAGAUAUUCAGACCGGUCGCUGGGUUCCUGCCGGAUUCCUCGACCCAAACAAAACCGAACACGAAAUCACUGGCCUGGAGCCUGGCAAGAAGUACAACUUCAGGGUCAAGGCAACCAACGAAGAAGGAGAGUCGGACCCUCUGGAGACCGACACUGCCAUCCUCGCCAAAAAUCCUUACGAUGUUCCGCCUGCUCCUGGUAUCCCAGACAUUUUCAACUGGGACGAGCAUAUGGCUGAGCUGAAGUGGGAGCCACCGCUACGAGACGGAGGUGCUCCUAUCACAGGUUACAUUAUUGAAAUGAAAUCAAAAUACACUCCAAACUUCACGAAGGUCGCUGAGGUUUACGGCGGAGACUGCAAAGGAAAAGUUACCGGCUUGAAUGAAGGAGAAGUUUACCAAUUCCGUGUUCGUGCGGUCAACAAAGCCGGUCCGGGUGAGGCUAGUGAACCAACACUGCCACACACUGCCAAGGCCAGAUUCUUGAAACCAAGAAUUGACCGCACAAACUUGAAUAACAUCGUUAUCAAGGAAGGCCAAACUACACUGGUUGAUGUUGAUAUCACCGGUGAACCACCUCCAACUGUUACCUGGAUGCUCAAGGAUGAGGUGGUAUCCAGUGACGACUCAUUGAGAAUCGAUAACAUCGAUUACAAUACAAAAUUGUUCAUCCUCAAAGCCAAGAGGAAGCACAGUGGCAAAUACAUCAUCACAGCCAAAAACUCCUCUGGUGAGGAUGUUGCGGAGCUCGAUAUCACUGUUUUAGGUAAACCGAGCAAACCUGGUGGUCCUCUGCAAGUCUCCGAUGUCACCAAAAACGGCUGCAAACUCAAGUGGAAGAAGCCGGAAGAUGAAGGUGGCAUGCCUAUUGAAUAUUACGAAAUUGAGAAGCUAGACCCGCUGACCGGGCAAUGGAUACCUUGUGGCAAGUCAACCGAGCCAGAAGCCAACAUCACCGGCCUCUUGGAAGGGAAACCCUACAAGUUCCGUGUCAAAGCUGUGGGCAAGGGUGGAGAAUCUGAGGAAUUGGAGACCGACAAAGCAAUCAUUGCCAAAAAUCCAUUCGACGAACCAAGCAAACCUGGUCGUCCAGAGCCCAAGAACUGGGACAAGGACUUCAUCGAAUUGGAAUGGGACGCCCCAGAAGACGAUGGUGGAGCUGAAAUCGAGAAGUACAUUGUCCAAAUGCGCGACAAAGAUUCCCGCGUGUGGUUGGAUGCCCUCACCACGCCUGGUCACAAGCGUGUAGGAAAGGUCACAGACGUUAUUGAAGGUCAUGAGUAUGAAUUCCGGGUGGUUGCAGUGAACAAAGCAGGUCCUAGCCCACCUAGUGACGUAUCAAAACCAGUAAUUGCCAAACCAAGGUUCUUGAAACCACAUAUUGACCGCAAGAAUCUGGACAAGAAGCAGAUCCGCAGCGGUCAGUUACUCAAGUUCGAAGCAGAUAUCGAGGGUGAGCCUGCCCCAACUGUAACUUGGGCAUACAAAGGACAGAUUAUUGACCGUGCCUCUGACCGAUUGAAGAUUGAAAAUGAGGACUACAAGACCUCAUUUACUCUAAUGAAAUGCGUCCGGGCUGACAGUGGUGUUUACACUGUCACCGCGAAGAACAGCUCAGGUGUUGAUACAGUUGACGUUGAGAUUGUAGUCCUCUGCAAAGCGUCAAAACCAAAGGGACCAUUAAAGGUAUCCGAUUUGACAGCCGAAGGUUGCAAACUCAAAUGGGAGCCGCCAGAAGAUGAUGGUGGUGCGCCAGUGGAGCAUUACAUUGUUGAGCGAUUAGAUACUGCCGGCUCUGGCCGCUGGAUCCCGGUCACAAUUGCAAAGACCCCGGAAGCAGAUGUUGCUGGUCUUCACGAAGGUAAGGAAUACUUGUUCCGUGUCAAGGCUGUCAACUCCGAAGGCGAAUCAGAGCCUUUGGAAACAGACACCGCAAUCAUCGCCAAGAACCCUUACAGUGAACCAGACAAACCAGGCAAACCAUUCGCUAAAGACUGGACCAAGAAUAGCGUUCUACUCAAGUGGGCUCCGCCCAAGUCAGAUAAUGGUGCACCAAUUACAUCUUAUAUCAUCGAGAAGAAGGAUCAGUACAGCUCAAAAUGGCAGAAAGGCGUGGAGCUUAUCGGCAACAAGUGCGAAGGAAAGAUCCCUGAUCUUCUUGAGGGUAUGAAGUACACGUUCCGAGUUAUUGCCGUGAACAAGGGUGGGCAAAGUAAACCCAGUGACCCUAGUGAUCCUGUCACUUGCAAGGAUCGCAACGUUGCACCAAAGAUUGACCGAACGACUAUCAGGGACCUAACCCUUAAAGCUGGUCAGAACAUCAAGUUGGAUGUCAAGAUCAGUGGAGAGCCCCCUCCAGAGAAGAUUUGGUUCCACAACAAAGCGCGUUUGGAACCAAAAGAAAACGUGUCUGUCGACUUUGAAGAUUACAGAACGAAAAUAGCCAUUGUUCCAGCGGCAAGACACCAUACCGGAACCUAUACCAUUCGAGCACAAAAUGCAAGUGGCAAGGAUGAGGCAACAAUCGAAAUCACAAUUCUGGACAGACCAGGUAAACCGCAAGGACCUUUGAAGGUGUCAGACGUUCACAAAGAAGGUUGUAGCUUGAAAUGGAAUCCACCUGAAGAUGACGGUGGAUGUCCGAUCGACCACUACUUGGUGGAAAAACAAGAUGUCGAGACAGGACUUUGGAUUCCUGCUGGUCGGUCUAAAGAGCCAUUCAUGGAUGUAACAAACCUCAUGCCUGAUCAAGAGUACAAAUUCCGUGUCAUGGCUGUGAAUUCAGAAGGUGAGUCAGAGCCCCUUGACACUGAGCGAUCUAUUGUGGCCAAAAAUCCAUUCGAUGAACCUGGACCGCCUGGACAACCUCAAGCUACAGACUGGGAUAGAGACCAUGUUGACCUAACAUGGACUCCACCAUUGAAUGAUGGAGGAUCGCCAGUCACAGGUUAUAUUGUUGAGAAGCGCGAGAAGGGAACACCAAAAUGGAUCAAGGCUGCAGAAGUCCGCGACAAAGACACGAAAGCUAGGGUGGACGAUCUGGAUGAAGGUGUGGAAUAUGAAUUCCGCGUCAAGGCAGUCAACGAAGCAGGUCCGGGUGAACCAAGUAAAGCCAGCGAGGGUGUUGUAACAAAACCACGCAAGUUGCCACCGAAGAUUGAUCGUCGUAACUUACGAGCAUUGACUGUCAAAGAAGGCGAACCAUUCGUGUUUGACAUUAAGAUUAUUGGCGAACCCCCGCCAGACGUUGUUUGGAGUCUUAACGGCAAGACCAUCGUCGACACUGGAGUCAGAGUCAUCGAGAAUGUACCGUACAAAACAAAGUUAUGGCACAAAGAGCCGCGUCGUAAAGAUAGCGGCACAUACACGAUCACUGCAACGAACAAGUAUGGUCAAGAUACCGCAGAAGUGGAAGUGACUGUAGUCUCAAAACCAGGUAAACCAGAAGGACCUCUCGCUGUUUCUGAUAUCACCAAGAAUGGAUGCAAACUGAAAUGGAAUAAGCCGAAAGACGAUGGAGGCGAGAAGCUUGAUGGCUACAUUGUCGAGAAAUAUGAUCCAGAAAAUGGAGUUUGGAUUCCUGUCGGAACAUCAAAGGAGCCAGAAAUGGAUGUCACUGGUUUGAUGCCAGGACAUGAGUACAGCUUCAGAGUAAAGGCUGUCAACAAAGAGGGCGAGUCUGAACCUCUUGAGACUUUCUCUUCGAUCGUCGCUAAGGAUCCAUUCACUAUUCCUGGUGCCCCUGGAAUCCCUGAAAUCGUUGACUGGAGUCAGAAUCACGCUGAUUUGGUUUGGAAAGAACCUAUCUCUGAUGGUGGCUCUCCUGUGACGCACUACAUCAUCGAAAAGAAAGACAAAUAUGGCGGUGUCUGGGAGAAAGCAACUGAAACCAUCGGUGCUCAGCCGCAAGGAAUCGUUAAUGGUUUACAAGAGGGACAAGAAUACCAGUUCCGUAUCAUUGCUGUGAAUAAGGCUGGUCCGGGAGAACCAGGAAAAGCAAGCAAAAACUUCAUUGCAAAACCACGCUACUUGGCACCUCACAUUGACCGCUCCAACAUUGCUGAUGUUCGUAUCUCUGCUGGAUCAACACUGAAGUUUGACGUUAACAUUUCUGGUGAGCCGCCUCCACAUGUAGAUUGGAGAGUGGGCGCUAUGCCUGUCAGAAGCAAAAAGACUGCGACCAUUGAUAACGUUGAUUAUAACACAAAGUUGGUUAUCCGUCCAGUAUGCCGCGAAGAUACUGGUGAGUAUGUGAUAACUGCAACCAACUCGUCCGGCAAGGACUCAGUUGCCAUUAACGUUAUCGUCAUGGACAAACCAUCUCCGCCUCAAGGACCUCUGCUAGUUUCAGAUGUGCACAAGGAAGGUUGUCAGUUGAAAUGGAAGCGGCCGCAAGAUGAUGGAGGUAGCCCCAUUGAGUAUUACUUGGUCGACAAAUUUGACCCACUGAAGUACUGUUGGGUACCUUGUGGAAGAGCCACAGAGACAAAUAUGGCUGUGACAGGGCUUAUGCCAGGCAAAGAGUAUAAAUUCAGAGUCUCUGCUGUAAAUUCAGAGGGAGAAUCCGAACCUUUAGAAACCAAAGAAGGAAUCAUUGCCAAAAAUCCAUUCGAUGAGCCGGAAAAGCCACGCAACCUAGAGGCAACCGACUGGGACAAAGACCACGUAGAUCUGAAAUGGAUGCCUCCAAAGUCUGACGGUGGCUCGCCUGUGACAGGUUACGUCGUCGAGAUGAAAGACAAGACUGGAGAGUGGGAGAAAGUGGCCACUGUGCCAGCAAGCAUCACCAAUGUCACCGUUCCAGGGCUCAAGGAGGGUGAAGGCUAUGUCUUCCAGGUUCGCGCAAUCAAUGCCGCUGGGCCCGGAGAAGCCAGUGACCCGACUCCGACCAUUACAGCCAAGUCAAGGAAUUCAGCACCGUACAUUGAUAGGACCAAUUUGACCACUGUUAAGAUCAAGGCUGGCCAGAACUUCAGCUUUGAUGUCAAGGUUAGUGGAGAACCAGUACCAACCACAAGAUGGACCAAGAACACGAAAGAAAUCCGGUCUGCUGACAGAGUCAAAGUCACUCAUGUGGACUACAACACCAAGCUUCUUGUCAGAAUGGCAGCUAGGAUGGACUCCGGCACCUACAACAUUGUAGCGGAGAACAUCAAUGGAACUGAUACCGCCUUCGUGGAAGUAAUCGUCAUAGAUAAACCAGGUGCUCCUGAGGGACCUUUGAGUGUCUCUGAUGUUCAUGCUGAAGGCUGCACUGUGGCAUGGAAACCUCCAAAAGACGAUGGUGGCCAGCCGAUUGAGAAUUACGUUGUAGAAAAAAUGGACGAAGCAACUGGUCGCUGGGUUCCUGCUGGUGAAACCGCUGGCAAGGAGACAUCACUAGAAAUUGGUGGAUUAAUCCCUGGACACAAGUACAAGUUCCGUGUCCGCGCCGUGAACAAGCAAGGAAAAUCAGAGCCUUUGACUGGCACUUCAAGUGUUGAAGCCAGAAAUCCAUUCGACGAGCCUGGCAAACCAGGAACUCCCGAAAUCAAGGACUUUGACACUGACUAUGUUGAGUUACUAUGGAACAGACCUGAAGAGGAUGGUGGCUCACCCAUCACUGGUUACAUUAUUGAAAAACGAGACAAAUACAGCCCAGUUUGGGACAAGUGCGGUGAGGUUACCGGUCCAGUAACUCAAGGCAGAGCAACAGGACUGAUCGAAGGACAGCAGUACGAAUUCCGCGUCAAAGCAGUGAAUAAGGCAGGUCCUGGAGAACCCAGUGAUGCUACAAAGCCACAUAUCGCUCGGCCCAGAAAAUUGGUUCCAAAGAUUGACCGCUCAACCAUGAUCGACAUCAAGGUCAAGGCUGGUCAGAACUUCGAGUAUGAUGUUGCGGUAAGUGGUGAGCCGCCUCCAAGGAAGGAAUGGUAUCUCAAGGAAAACAUCGUGCUCAAUACAGACCGUGUCAAAGUCUCAAAUGAAGACUACAGCACGCGACUCAAAGUUAUCGACUCCAAGAGAAGUGACUCUGGAACCUAUACACUCACAGCCAAAAAUCAAUACGGAUCAGACACCGCUGAAGUCAGGGUUGUUGUUCUCGAUAUUCCGGAGCCUCCUCAAGGCCCACUACAACCAACAAACAUCACGAAAUCAUCCUGCACAUUGACAUGGCGAUCUCCCAAGGACGAUGGUGGUACCGAAAUCACUCAUUACGCCAUCGAAAAAAUGGACACUGAGAAUAUGCGAUGGGUACCUAUUGGCAUUGCUAGUGCCUGCAGCUUAAGGGUUGAUCACCUCAUUGAGGGCCAUGAUUACAACUUCCGUGUCAAGGCUGUCAACAAGAUGGGAGAAUCCUUACCUCUAGUCGGUGCCAAUACGAUUACGGCCAAGGACCCCUAUGGCAAACCAGACAAACCAGGACAGCCACAGCCAACAAAUUGGGGCAAGGACUUUGUCGAUCUGGAAUGGAAAGAACCGAAGAAAGAUGGUGGUUCGCCAAUCCAGAACUACAUCAUCGAAAAGAGGCUGAAAUAUGGACCAUGGGAAAAGGCUGCCAUUGUGUCUGGCAAAGAUAACAAAGCUACAGUCCCAGGCCUAGACGAAAAUCAAGAAUAUGAAUUCCGUGUCAUCGCCGUCAACAAAGGUGGUGAGAGUGAGCCUAGUGAACCAUCUCAAGGAGUUAUCACUAAACCAAGAUUUAUGGCACCUGAAAUUGACACUGCUGCCCUGCAAGAUCUUGUUGUCAAAGCCGGCCAACGCAUUAACUUCUCUGUACCAAUUAGAGGUUCCCCACGUCCAACGGUCAAAUGGAUCGUCAACGAAGUGCCUGUCAAGAUUGGAGGACACGCCGACAUCGAAACACAUGGAAAUGAAACAUCUCUUGAAAUUCCAUUCUCAGCCCGGUCUGAUACUGGACUUUACACACUCAAUCUCAGCAAUGAGUUUGGCAUGAUAAGCGCAUCUGCUCAUGUCACUGUUUUAGAUCGCCCAUCUCCACCGGAGCCACCUCUAGAUAUCUCUUUGAUCACGAAAGACGGCUGUCGUCUCAUCUGGAAACUACCAGUAGACGAUGGUGGCUCGCCAAUCACACACUACAUCAUCGAAAAGAUGGACAUCUCCCGUGGAACCUGGUCAGAGGCUGGAAUGUCAUCCACGCUGGCUCAUGAUGUCUCACGGUUAAUCCACAGGAAAGAAUAUUUGUUCCGUGUCAAGGCCGUCAACAGCAUUGGAGAAUCCGACCCGCUGGAAACGCCAAACUCUAUUGUGGCAAGAAAUGAGUUCGAUGAACCUGACGCACCAGAGAGACCUGAUAUUCUUGAUUGGGAUGAAGACCAUGUUGAUUUGCAGUGGGAGAAGCCGAAGUCUGACGGAGGUUCUCCUCUGACAGGUUACAUCAUCCAGAAGAAAGAGCGAGGAAGCCCGUACUGGAGUAAUGCAAUGACUGUCCCUGGCAAUGAAACAGCUGCGACCGUUAAAGGUUUGAUCAAAGAUCAAGAAUAUGAAUUCCGUGUCAUCGCUGAGAACAAGGCUGGACAAAGUCAGCCCAGUGAGCCGUCCGACACCGUCAUUUGUAAGAAGAGAUACAUGGCUCCUAAGAUUAUCACUCCUCUCAAAGACAUCAUCACUCGUGCUGGAACCAUCUUGAAUGUAAACAUCGAUUUCAUUGGAGAACCUGCACCUGAAGUUGUCUGGACAGUUGGACCGAGAGAACUCAAAACCGAUGCAAGAACAACUAUCACUGCCAUUGGUCACCAUACAAUUGUCAAUACCGUUAAUGUUAAGCGCACUGACUCUGGAAACUAUCAUCUUUUAAUCAGGAAUAGCUCUGGUAUGGAUGAAGGCUCCUUCAACGUCAACAUCUUGGAUCGGCCUGGUCCUCCAAGUCAACCAUUAGAGUAUGAGGAAAUCACAGCUUACAGUGUUACUCUAUCUUGGAACCCUCCAACCGACAACGGAGGUAGUGAACUGACAGCCUACGUCAUCGAAAAGCGUGACUUGGAUCACGGUGGUGGCUGGGUCCCAGCGGUGACCUAUGUCAACCCAUCGAACACACAUGCAACUGUACCCAGGCUUCUAGAAGGUACCAAGUACGAGUUCAGAGUUCUAGCAGAGAAUUUGCAAGGUCGCUCCGAUCCUCUGACCACCUCCAGACCGAUCAUUGCCAAGAACCAGUAUGAUGUUCCCGGCAAACCAGGAAGACCAGAGCCUCUCGAAGUAGACAACAUUCACAUUAAGAUCAAGUGGACUCCACCUAUCAGUAACGGUGGAUCGGUCAUCAAUGGAUACGACGUCGAAAGGAGAGACAUCUCCGGCACUGGCCGGUGGGUCAGGCUCACUAAAUUCCCGCAUAAAGGUGUCGAGUACGACGAUGUCCAUGUGCUGGAUGGUCAUUCUUACGAAUAUCGCGUCAGUGCUGUCAACCAGGCAGGCACUGGAAAAACUAGCGACCCAACCGAUAUCAUAAUCGCAAAACUCACCAAAGAACGUCCAAAACUAUUCUUAGAGAAUUUGGUCGGACGCAAAGUCAAGGUCCGAGCUGGAGAACCAGUCAGUAUCACAAUUCCAAUGGCUGGCCAGCCUGCUCCUGUUGUCGCUUGGACAAAGGGUGGUAAAGGAUUGCUAGAAAGCAAUAGAAUCGUCACUGUCAAUAAGAGUAAUGAAAGCAAACUCCGCAUCGAUAACAGUAAUCGCAAUGAUGCUGGUGUGUACACUAUCACCGCCUCAAACGAGCACGGUAAGGAGUCUGCUGAUAUCACUGUCAUUGUCCUCAAUCGCCCAGAACCUCCGAUUGGCCCAAUUGAAUAUCCAGCUGUCAAUUCUGACCACAUCACACUCAAGUGGAAGCCUCCCGAAGACGAUGGUGGCAGUGACAUCACUGGCUACAUCAUCGAGAUGUCAGAACAAGGCACUGAUGGAUGGAAGCCUUGUCCUGGAUUCUGCCCCAAACCAACGUUCACGGUCAAAGGCCUGAGCGAAGGAAAGAAAUACAUGUUCAGAGUCCGUGCUGAGAAUUUACUCGGUGUUUCAGAUCCGUUAACCGGACCUUGGGUCACUGCAAAGUCGCCGUUUGACCCACCAGAAGCACCUGGUCAGCCAGAGGUUACAGGUUAUGGCCCAACAUCCGUAAGCCUAGCCUGGACACCACCCAUCAGCACUGGUGGUAAACCGGUGACAGGAUACAUCAUCGAAAAGAAAGAGCGUGGUGGAGAAUGGGCCAGAAUCAGCAACUACCCAACGCCAAGCCUUAGUAUGACAGUACACAACCUGCGGGAAGGUGGCAAGUAUGAAUUCAGAGUUCUGGCAGUGAAUGAAGCUGGACCUGGUAAACCAUCAAAACCAACUGAACCAGUUACCUGCAAAGAUCAAAAGAAGAAACCUGAUCCUCCAGAAAUCCCCAAACUUGACCGCAUCACAAAGACAGGCGUCACUCUCUCAUGGCGGCCUCCAAGGCACGACGGUGGUUCAAAGAUUAAGGGAUACAUUGUUCAGUACAAAAAGAAGGCUGACGCUGAUUACACCGAUGCAAACUCUUUGCUUAUUCCUACUCCAAUUUACACUAUUAAUAAUCUAAAGGAGGGCGAUGAGUAUCAGUUCAGAGUUAUUGCAGUGAAUGAUGUCGGCCCAUCCGAUCCCAGCAAGCCAACAGCUUAUGUUGCACUUGAAGAACAACCAAACAGACCAAAGAUGGAUCUCAGUGGAAUCCGAGACAUCACAGUGCGUGCUGGAGAUGACUUCUCUAUUGAUGUCCCAUAUGUUGCAUUCCCGCAACCAACCGCUUCAUGGUUCAUGAAUGAUAUGAUUUUAGAUGACUCCGACAAGAGGAUUCAUCAACAGCUGUCACCAACUUUGGCCGUCAUGAUCGUUAAGAACUGCAAGAGGACAGAUGCUGGUCAGUACCACCUUCAGCUCAGGAAUGCGUCAGGUUACGACACUGCAACUUGCUACGUUCGAGUCCUUGAUGCCCCACACCCGCCUGAAAAUCUCCAUGCUGAUGAGUUCGCAGGAGAGGCCCUUACACUUUACUGGAGUCCUCCCAAAGAUAAUGGCGGAGCUGAAGUCACUAAUUAUGUUGUUGAAAAACGUGAGACUGGAUCCAGCGCAUGGAUUAAGGUGGCUAGUUAUGUCACAGCACCAUUCGUGCGUGUAAAGAACUUAUCAGUCGGUCAUGUUUAUGACUUCAGAGUGAUGGCUGAGAACAAGUAUGGUAUAUCUGAUCCAGCCACAACCAGAGACCCGAUCAAGGCAAGACAUCCGUUCGACGUUCCUGGUGCACCAGGUAUCCCACGCGGCAUUGAGACAACGGAAGACUCGGUCACGUUAACUUGGAAUAAACCUCGUCAUGAUGGAGGUUCGCCAAUUACUAGCUAUGUUGUUGAAAAGAGACUCAUCACAGAAGAAAAGUGGACUAAAGCAACACAAGCCAACAUUCCUGACACCAACCUCAAAGUUAUGAACUUAAUCGAAAACCACGAUUAUGAAUUCAGGGUUGCUGCGAAGAAUGCUGCCGGUCAGGGUCCAUGGAGUUCAUCAUCUGAUAUUAUUCGCUGCCGUUCACCCCCAAUCAUCCCGAAGAUCACCAGCGACCUAAGCUUGCGUGAUAUGACAGUGAUUGCUGGUGAGCCUUUCUCAAUAACGGUACCGUUCGUUAGUAACCCGAUUCCGAAACCAUUCUGGUCCAUCAACGGUGAGGAAGUCACUCCAGAUGACAGAAUAAAGUUCGAGACUAGCGCUACUCAAACAGUAUUCAUCAACAAAAACGCCAGAAGGGCUACAGAUUCUGGAAGUUAUACAAUUCAGUUGUUCAACACAGAAGGAUCGGACUCCUCAUCCUGCAAGGUUACAGUUGUUGACCGUCCAUCACCACCAGUCGGACCAGUCGAAGCAACCGACAUUACGCCUGAGUCUUGUACUUUGUCAUGGCGUCCACCAACUGAUGAUGGUGGUGCACCGGUCACAAAUUACAUCGUGGAGAAAUUGGAAACAGCAUCAGGUUUGUGGGUAAAGUUGAGUAGCUUCGUGCGGUCAACGCACUAUGAAGUCUUUGGUCUAGAGGGCAACAAAAAGUACAACUUCCGCGUCCGGGCUGAGAAUCAGUACGGAGUAUCGGAUGCGACUGAAAUGGAUAAUCCAGUGGUUGCCAAGUUCCCAUUCACGGUGCCAGGCGCUCCUGACGCUCCUCAAAUCAUUGAUUGGGACACGAGCAAUGCAACUUUGCAUUGGGAGAGACCACGCCAUGAUGGUGGAUCAAAGAUUCAAGGCUACAAGGUUGAGUAUCAUGACCUGACAGAAGACUCACCAUGGCGCGUAGCUAACGACUACCUUGUAAAAGACCAGACUUACAUUGUCCACAGCUUAUUCCAAGAUCAUGAUUACGAGUUCAGAGUAAGAGCUAAGAAUGCUGCAGGCUUUGGUCAGGCAUCGACCCCAUCAGCUCGGUUCCGCCUCAAAGGUCGCGCCAAGCCUCCAUCACCACCGCUGUGUCCUACUGUUACGAAAGUUGGUAAGACAUACGCUGACCUUAAGUGGGACCCACCAGUUUCAGACGGAGGUAGCAGAGUGUCGGGCUACAUCAUUGAGAAGCGUGAAAUGGGCGGUCCAUUGUGGAUUAAAUGCAAUGAGUAUGCGGUUAUUGACUGCCAGUUCUCUGCUAUGACUUUGAUAGAGAAUGCUGACUACGAAUUCCGUAUUUUUGCAGUCAACUCUGUCGGUAAGAGUGAUCCAAGUGUGUGCACAACACCUGUCAAGAUUUGCGAAAUUGUUGGUGGAGAGAAACCCGAGUUCAUUCAGCAUUUACACGACCAAGUUGUACCUCUGGGUAAAGUCAUUACUCUGCAAUGUGAAGCAAUUGGCAAGCCGCCACCAAAGGCAAGAUGGUUGAAGAAUGGAAAGGAAAUCAACUUCGGAGCUAGGUACACGUCCGAAGCUGCCGGUGGUGUGUUUAGACUGCACUUCGUUGAAGUCUCUGAAAUCGAUGAGGGCGACUUCACCUGUGAGGCAUACAACUCCCUUGGAUUUGUCAGCACCUCAUCGCACAUCAAGAUUGGAAACCCACCAAAGAUUGAGCGAAUGCCGAAUGAAGUGGACGCACCGGAGGGAGAUAACACAAAGAUCAAGAUUCUCUACACCGGUGAUCAGCCGAUGGAGGUGUCUCUUACCAAGAACGGAAAAGAAGUUGUACCUGGUCCAUUAGUCAAAUACACUGUUUUCGAUGACUAUAUCAUCAUUUUCUUAAAAGAAAUAACCAAAGCUGAUGCUGGAGUCUACACAUUAACAUUAUCAAACCACAGUGGUAGUACAUCAGGCUCAUUCACAGUUACCAUCACAGGCCUGCCCGGUCCUCCAACGCCUCCUCUGGAUGUCUCCGAAAUCACAAAACACACAUGUUUGCUGAACUGGAACCCACCAAAAUACGAUGGUGGUCUCAGGAUAACUCAUUACAUUGUAGAAAGGAGAGACAUUUCCUCAUCGCACUGGAUUUGCAUUUCAACACACUGCAGGGAUACCUCAUUCCUUGUUCAAGGUUUGACCGAGGGCAAUGAAUACUUGUUCAGAAUUAUGGCUGUCAAUGAUAAUGGAAUGGGACCGCCACUAGAGGGUGUCAAUCCCAUCAAAGCAAGAUCUCCAUUCGACAAACCAUCACCUCCUGGAAUACCCAAGAUAACAGAAGUAGGUGGAGAUUUUGUUAACCUCAGCUGGGAUCGCCCCGAAAAAGACGGUGGCUCACGUAUUCAAGGUUACUGGAUUGACAAGCGUGAGGUUGGCAGUGAGGCAUGGCAGCGAGUCAAUGUUGCUAUUUGCAUGCCGACUCAAAUCAACAUCUCCAAUCUGAUUGAAGGUCGACAAUAUGAAUUCCGCGUCUUUGCUCAAAAUGAAGCUGGCCUCAGUUUGCCAUCUACUGCCUCAAAAUCUGUCAAAGUCAAAGACCCACUGGCCCCAACUGCUCCAGAAAUUGUUUUCCCUCUGCGCCCUGCAAAUGCAAUCCAGAACCACAAUGCUCAAUUCCAGUGCACCAUCACAGGCAUUCCAAAACCGACUAUCACUUGGUUCAAAGGAGCCCGAGAGAUCACGCCUAGCGCCCGGCAUCACAUCUUUGCUGAAGGCGACACUUACACUCUAAUCAUUAACGGUGUUUAUGGUGCUGACGCUGAUGAGUACGUCUGUCGUGCUGUUAACAAGGGCGGAGUGAAAUCAACUCGUGCUGAGCUCAUCAUCAUGACUGCUCCCAAAUUUAAUGUCCCACCACGGUUCCGUGAUACAGCCUACUUCGACAAAGGAGAAAGCGUUGUUAUCAAGAUACCGUUCACUGGUCAUCCAAAACCAAAGAUCACAUGGUACAGGGAGAACGAGCACAUCGAGUCAGGCGGUCAUUUCACCGUUGAAGUUGCAGAAAGGCAUGCCAUCCUCACGAUCAAGGAUGCCAGUAAUUACGACAGCGCUCCUUAUAGAGUGGUUGCUGAGAAUGAUCUUGGAAUGGAUUCUGCCAUCAUUAAAAUUCAAAUUAGUGACUGCCCAGACCCACCACAAUUCCCAACGGUGGAAGAUAUCGGUCACGAUUCUCUGGCCUUAUUAUGGACAGCACCACGAUGGGAUGGAGGCAGUAACAUCACCAACUACCUCGUCGAAAAGCGGGAGCACCCGAUGUCUAGCUGGAUUCGCGUUGGUAACACACGCUUCACCACCAUGGCCGUCACAGGUCUUAGCCCUGGACAUCAGUAUGAGUUUAGGGUAUACGCUGAAAAUGUGUAUGGUAGGAGUCAGCCAAGCACUGUCACUGGCCUCAUAACGACGAAGGAUUCAGGGAAGAAACAGGUCAGGAAGAAGGAGUAUGAAGUGGACGCUAGUGGAAAGCGAAUUCGUACCAAAGAACAUGAACGACCAAAUGACUAUGACCAGUUUGUGUUCGACAUAUAUUCUAAGUAUGUUCCCCAACCUGUAGAUAUCAAGUCACAUUCUGUGUAUGACUAUUAUGACAUACUUGAGGAGAUUGGUACAGGUGCAUUUGGUGUGGUGCAUCGGUGCAGAGAGCGCAAGUCAGGCAACAUUUUUGCCGCCAAGUUUAUUCCUGUUGCUCAUAAUAUGGAGAAAGAGCUCAUUCGUAAAGAGAUCGAUAUUAUGAACCAGCUACAUCACCCCAAGCUAAUCAAUUUACACGAUGCAUUUGAAGACGAUGAUGAGAUGGUACUCAUUUUCGAAUUCCUAUCUGGAGGAGAAUUGUUCGAAAGAAUCACAGCGGAAGGUUAUCAAAUGUCGGAAGCAGAGGUGAUCAACUAUAUGAGACAGAUCUGUGAAGCAAUCAAACACAUGCAUGAAAAGAACAUCAUUCAUCUAGAUAUCAAGCCAGAGAACAUAAUGUGUCAAACAAAACACAGCACAAACGUUAAACUGAUUGACUUCGGCCUCGCAACCAAAUUAGACCCGAAUGAGGUGGUCAAAAUAUCGACGGGAACAGCUGAAUUUGCAGCUCCAGAAAUUGUAGAGCGAGACCCUGUCGGCUUCUACACAGAUAUGUGGGCUGUGGGUGUUUUAGCUUAUGUUCUGUUGAGCGGACUUUCGCCGUUCGCUGGUGACAAUGAUGUGGAAACGCUCAAGAAUGUCAAAGCCUGUGAUUGGGACUUCGACGAAGAGGCAUUUUCGAAUGUGUCAGAGGAAGGAAAAGACUUCAUUAGAAAGCUGCUUGUCAAGAACAAAGAGAAGCGGAUGACUGCACACGAAUGUUUGCUACAUUCCUGGCUGACAGGUGACCACAGCGACAGGUCGACUGUUAUCAAAGCGGAUAAAUACACAAAACUACGCAACAAGAUUAGGCUGAAGUAUGACGACUGGGACAAAUUCAUCCUACCGAUCGGCCGGUUAUCAGAGUAUAGUGCGCUUAGGAAACUCAUGGUCGAUAAAUACCAAAUACAUGAUACAUCGUUUGACAGAAGACAAGCGGCACCAAGAUUUGUGAUCAAACCUACAAGCACGUUAUGCUAUGAGGGACAGAGUGUUAAGUUCUAUUGUAGAGUCAUUGCCAUUGCGACACCAACGCUAACAUGGUUCCACAAUAACCAGGAGCUGAAGCAGAGCGUUAAAUUCAUGAAACGGUAUGCGGGUGACGAUUACACGUUUAUAAUCAACAGAGCCAAGAUGGAGGACCGGGGAGAGUACAUUAUCAGAGCAGAAAAUCACUAUGGAUACAGAGAAGAAAUCGUGUUCCUAAAUGUUCAUUCUUACAAAGCACCUCCUGCUCCAGAGUACAAACCUGAAGCACAACCGAUCAGGCGAAGGGAGCCCCUAGCGUACACAUUCUGGCAAGAAGAACAAGAAAGUCCUCCUAGCUUCACAUUCCUCUUGAGGCCCCGUGUAAUACAGUAUAGACAAACGUGCAAGUUGCUAUGUUGUCUUGCUGGUAAACCAACACCCCAGGUAACCUGGUACAAAGGAAGCCAGAAACUAAAUAGGUACGACUACACAAUGACCCACAGUGAUGGUGUUAUAACUCUAGAAAUCAUGGAUUGCAAGCCUGAGGACUCUGGUAAAUACAAGUGUGUAGCAACGAAUAUUCACGGAACAACGGAGACUAGUUGUGUUGUGAUCGUUGAAGGCGUGAACGAGCCUACAGCUGAACAAGCGGAGUUAGCUUAUAAUUUGUUACAUUCUGAAGCGUCAGCACAUGCGCUGAAAAAGGCAGAAUCCAAAGAAGAUGGUGCGCCCAGAAUUGUAACUCAUUUGGUAUCAGAAUAUGUCAAAGACGGAAGUCCGGUAACUCUUCAAUGUAAAAUAGUAGGUGCUAAGAAAUUUGAUGUAGUGUGGUUGCAUAAUAACAAAGAAAUCAAGCCUAGCAAAGAUUUUGAAUAUGCUAAUGCUGGCAGUUUCUAUAAAUUGAACAUUGCGGAGGUAUUCCCCGAUGACACUGGCAUUUAUACUUGUGAAGCGUUCAACAAUGUCGGCGAAUCCUUCAGUAGUUGCUCUCUUCUAGUUGUUGAACCCAAUCAAAAAUUGAAGACACCUAUAAUAAAAACAUUCCCUCGAUCUGCAACAGUAGCGAAAGGUGGAUCUGUAGAUUUUAGUACUGAAUUUGAAGGAACAUCUUUGAAAGUUACUUGGCAGAAAGAUGGAAAAGUUGUAGAAGAAGACAAGAAAAAAUAUCAAUUCACCGACAGUGGGUCCAAGUUCCAAUUAAAAGUGCUAAAUCUAACGAAUGAUGACAGCGGUCAGUACACGGUCAAAGCCUCUGACGGCUCUAGCGAUAAUUUCUCUGCUUUCUGUCUCAAUGUUGUCGCUCCUGGAGAAGUUUAAAUCAGGUUUAACCCUAAAUCUAACAAUUUGCUCAGCUGCAGCAUUUGCGGACAAUUCGAUCCAGUGUACAGUUUAAUCCUAAUACAUCGAUUAUUUAUUUUUAACGUUGCUUUCAUUUGUCAAGGCCGUGGUUAGCCUUAAUGAAAGCAACUUCGAACGACGGGUCAUCAGAUGUACCAGAAAAUCAACAAAUUCUCUAUCUGCGUCAGUGAAUUUGGUGAUUUUUUGUACAAUCCGAUAACUUCGAGCAAAUAGAUCUGAACUAUGUUUGCCAUUAAGGUCCCCCAAAUCUGUAUAGUUUCGCAUAGUUUCAGUUUGUAAAUUUUUCUUCUUUUGUAAAGUAUUUAUUUAAAAAAUAUCAGGCUUUUCUGUACCCUCCUGAAAAAAAGUAUUUGUCUGUAUGAAAAUUAAUUGUCUUCAUAAAAAUUUAGGAAGAGAUUCCUCGUCUUUUCUUUCAUAUGUUAAAUGCCAAUUUUUUUAGAAAAUUUAAACUGCUGUAGACGUUUUCAAAAAUUCUAAGAGCAAUAACAAAACUAUAAGGCAAUCUUUUUGUCAUCAAAUGUUCUCAGUAAUGUGCUGUAGAUUUUCUCCUUUUUUUUGUAAUCUUUAUGCUUAUCUAAAUGCUCUUGAAGAACACACCCAAAGAAACUGCUUUUAUCUAGAUGUAAAUAUUUUUGUAAAGUAUCAUGAUCACACAAGCGUUAUUAAUCACCCUGUAAUUUAUCUACAAUUAGUGCCUGUUGUUAUUGUUUUCUUUGUUAAAAUGUAGAUUUCUUUCUUUUUUUGCAAAAUGUUAUUUCAACAUAGAAUUCAAAACAUUCAAAGAGGAAUGACUCAUUCAAUCCUGAAAUUAAAGGUCUCUAAUUUUUAAAGAAUAUUUUGUUUGUAUUAGUAUGCAGCAAAACUAAGAAUCAGUUAAAUUAAAAGUGUUAUGUAACAAAUUUAGUCAGAAACAAAAUUGGUAACAAAUUUUUAACUGAUAUUUUGUGGAAUUUUCAAAGUCUAAACUUUGGUACAGAAAUACUAAUCCAGCUUUUGAAUUAUUUCCGUGACCUUACUGUCUUUUAAUAUUAGUUUUCACGGUCCCCACUUGUUAACAUUAAUUACCCUGCUUUACAAUUUUUUAUCGAAAAAGUUAUGGGUAACAGAAAAUCAAAAACGAAAGAAUGAAAAGAAGGAAAAUUCAAUGAACUGAAAAAUCUAUGUGAAACAUUCUUGCCCUUUUUAAUAUUUAUUGUUAUUAUUUUAUUAUUAAUAAACAUAUUUAAAAUUAAA